CGCUGUAAUAAUUCUCCCGCCCUCUCCUCUCUCCAUAACGAUAACGAUGCUAUCCAUAACUACCAUACCCCAGGGCCAAGCAACCAAGCUCAAUCCCAACGAUUGAUCAGUUGGGUGCAGUCAGUCCACAAUCGGCUCGAUUGGCAGCGGCCAAUAGUGAGGGCGAGGAGACUCACUCGUGUCAGAUGCAGACAGGGUCAGCGUCUUUCGUGCUCUGUUAGUUACAGGUUAUCCCUGCCCGCCUGGCGGCGCGGCUGGAAGAAGUUUCAAAGAUUGUUCGAUGCAUUUCUUCUUCUUCUUCUUCUUCUUCUUCUUUUCCAUUCCGCUGUGCCUUGAUCGUUGGUCACGAA